AUGGCUCUCAAUGCAGCAUCCCACAACAUUCCGGGCGAGACGACCGGCCCCGUGAGUGGCCAGCCACCAGCACUGUCCGCCGAGACCACCGAGGCCCUCAUCUCAUCCGCCGAGAAGGAUCCCCAAGGCCAGAAUGCCCCCGGUCAAGAUGGUGGUGACGCCAACGCACCCAAGAAGCAGAAGACCGAGAAAGAGCUUGCGAAGGAACGAGCCAAGGCUGAGAAGGCACGCAAGUUCGCCGAGAAGCAGGCAAAGCAAACUGCUGCUGCCCCUGCUGGAAAGGUCAAGGAGAAGAAGCCCAAGGUCAAGGAGGAGGCUCUGCCCAAGUACGUCGAAGAGACGCCCAAGGGAGAGAAGAAGAUUCUCAAGCCUUUGGACGACGAAUACCACAAGGCCUACAUUCCCUCGGUUGUCGAGUCAGCAUGGUACGACUGGUGGGAGAAGGAGGGCUUCCACGAGCCUGAGUUUGGCGCCGAUGGAAACGUCAAGCCCCGCGGUUACUUCGUUAUCUCUGAGCCUCCACCGAACGUUACCGGUGCUCUGCACUGCGGUCACGCCCUUGCCACAUCUCUCCAGGACACCCUGAUUCGCUGGAACAGAAUGAGAGGUUACACCACACUAUACUUGCCGGGAUGCGACCACGCCGGUAUCUCAACCCAGAGCGUUGUCGAGAAGAUGCUCUGGCGCAAGCAGCAGAAGACCAGACACGAUCUUGGACGUGAGAAGUUCGUCGACACCGUCUGGGAGUGGAAGGAGGAGUACCACAAGAAGAUCAACGACGUCCUCAAGAGAAUGGGCGGUUCGUUCGACUGGACUCGUGAAGCUUUCACAAUGGACGCAAACUUAAUGCACGAGGAGGGCUACAUCUACCGCUCAGGAAGACUCGUCAACUGGUGUUCGCAGCUGAACACUGCUCUCUCCAACCUCGAGGUCGACAACAAGGAGCUUACAGGUCGUACCCUGCUGGACGUUCCUGGCUACGAACGCAAGGUUGAGUUCGGUGUCAUCACCCACUUCAAGUACGCUAUCGAGGGCACCGACGAGAUGAUCGAGGUUGCUACCACUCGUCCCGAGACCAUGCUCGGUGACACUGGUAUCGCUGUCCACCCUACAGAUGAUCGCUACACGCACUUGGUCGGCAAGAAGGCCAAGCAUCCUUUCGUUGACCGCCUUCUCCCCAUCUUUGCCGAUGAAUACGUUGACCCCGAAUUCGGUACUGGUGCCGUCAAGAUCACCCCUGCUCACGACCCUAACGAUUUCAACCUCGGCACCAAGCACAAGCUUGAAUUCAUUACCGUCUUGAACGAUGACGGUACCAUGAACGGCAACGCUGGACAGUUCGAGGGACAGAAGCGCUUCGAUACCCGCUACACUGUCGUUGAGGAGCUUACCAAGCUUGGUCUUUUCGUCAAGAAGGAGGACAACCCCAUGAAGGUUCCUUUGUGUUCCAAGUCCAAGGACGUCAUCGAGCCCUUGAUGAAGCCUCAGUGGUGGAUGAAGAUGCGCGAGCUUGCAGACGCUAGUAUCGAUGCUGUUCAGAACGGUGACAUCAAGAUCCGUCCCGAAGGUGCUGAGCGCAACUACUAUCAUUGGAUGCGCAACAUCAACGACUGGUGCUUGUCACGUCAGCUCUGGUGGGGUCAUCAAAUUCCUGCUUACUUUGUCAAGCUUGAGGGCCAGGACAACGACGAGACCACUGAUGACUACUGGGUCUGCGGUAGAAGCGAGGAGGAGGCUAAACAGAAAGCCGAGAAGAAGUUCCCUGGCAAGAAGUACGAGCUUGUCCGCGACCCCGACUGUCUCGACACCUGGUUCUCAUCUGGUCUCUGGCCUUUCUCUACCCUGGGCUGGCCCAACCAGACACCCGACUUCGAGAAGCUGUACCCCACAUCCGUUCUGGAGACUGGAUGGGAUAUUCUGUUCUUCUGGGUCGCCAGAAUGAUCAUGUUCGGUCUCAAGCUCACCGGCAAGGUUCCUUUCACUGAGGUUUACUGCCACUCUCUUAUCCGCGAUUCGGAUGGUAGAAAGAUGUCCAAGUCCCUCGGCAAUGUCAUCGACCCCGUCGAUAUCAUGGAGGGCAUCACUCUUCAGGAGCUCCACGACAAGUUGCUUCAAGGUAACCUCGACCCCAAGGAGGUCAAGAAUGCCACAAAGUACCAGAAGGACUCGUUCCCUCAAGGUAUCCCCGAGUGCGGUGCUGACGCUCUCCGUUUCUCUCUCAUCCAGUACACCACUGGUGGCGGUGACAUUGCCUUCGAUGUCAAGGUCAUGGCAGGUUACCGUCGCUUCUGCAACAAGAUCUACCAGGCCACCAAGUACGUUCUUGGAAACCUGCCCGAGGACUUUGUUCCUCAAGCACAGGGUGGCAAGACCGGCAAGGAAUCAUUGCCCGAACGCUGGAUUCUGCACAAGUUCACCACCGCUGCCAAGGACAUUAACGACGCCCUCAACGCUCGCGAGUUCUCGCGUUCAACCUCGCUCGCCUACCAGUACUGGUACGAGAACCUGUGCGACGUCUACAUCGAGAACAGCAAGGCCAUCAUCCGCGACGGUACCGAGGAGGAGAAGCGCAGUGCCGUCGACACCCUCUACACCGUCCUCGAGGGCGCCCUGUGCCUGAUCCACCCCUUCAUGCCCUUCUUGACCGAAGAGCUGUGGCAGCGCCUUCCCCGCCGCCCCGAAGACAAGACCAAGAGUAUCGUCGUUGCCGCCUACCCAGAGCACGACGCCUCGCUCGAGGACUUUGAGAGCGAAGCCGCCUACGAGGUCAUUCUUGGCUGCUCCAAGGGCGUCCGCAGCUUGAUGUCCGAGUACCUGAUCAAGGAAGACGCCAAGGCCAUCGUCCAAUGCUACGACGACAAGACCUUCAAGACCGCUGCUGACGAGCAAGCCUCCAUCAGAUCUCUGUCUGGCAAGGCCCUCACCAACCUCAGCAUCAUCGGACCCAAGGACGCCACACCCACCGGCUGCGCCGUCUUCGCCGUUUCCUCAUCCGCCGCCGUCUUCCUCGAAGUCGCCGGCCGUGUCGACAUCGAUGCCGAAAUCACUCGCGCUCAGCAGAAGCUCCGCAAGGCUGCCGAGGGCGCUACCAAGCAGCGUAAGAUUCUCGAUGCAGAGGGUUUCGCUGAGAAGGUUUCGCAUUCUGUGCUUGAGGCCGAGAAGGUCAAGCUCAAUGACUUGAUGGCCGAGCAGAAGAAUUACGAGGAGAGUAUUGCGCAGUUUGAGAAGUUGAAGCUCGAUGGAUAG